GAGUCUGUUUACAGACCACACGAACACCAUGCUCUUAUCUCAUCCAAUGAGACGUCGCUUCUUCUUCUUCUUUUUUCUUCUUCAUCUUCUUCCUUUCACUUUUUCUCAUUCUGUUCCAUUGCACGCACGCACGCAGUUACCUGCACUUACAAGUGUGAGGUCAAGUUUUGAUGUGAGGAUAUUUGUAUAUAUAUACAGAAUUUAUAUGUAUAUAUGGCAGCUUUGGGUGCACACUCUGUGUUAUUAUCUCAUAAGGAAUGCACCAAUGCAUGUAUAAAAGUAGGGUUUCACAGGUUUCAAUCUCCUCCAACUCCAACUUCAAGACUGGUUAUGCUCAGAGUACUGUCUACUGCUAGAAAGCCAGCAAGCUUCUUGUUAAGGCCUCUUCGUCAUUCUCACAGUUUGGGAAAAUUCAAAGGAGAUUCUUCAUCAACAGCUACAAACUUUACACGGAUACUUGACUUUGCCGUCAAUCGGUUGCGUGUUCAAAUCAAAGAUUGGAGUUAUUUGCGGAUAAUGGAAGUGGCCGGCAUAUUGGUGUGCAUUUUAAUGAUCGUUCCCACAGCUGAUGCUGUUGAUGCUCUCAAAACUUGUUCUUGUUUGCUGAAGGAAUGCAGGAUUGAACUGGCUAAGUGUAUCUCAAACCCGUCUUGUGCUGCCAAUGUUGCCUGUCUCCAAACUUGCAACAAUCGACCUGAUGAGACCGAAUGCCAAAUUAAAUGCGGGGACCUGUUUGAAAACAGUGUGGUUGAUCAAUUUAAUGAGUGUGCAGUCUCCCGGAAGAAAUGUGUACCUAAGAAAUCUGACGUGGGAGAGUUUCCUGCUCCAAAUCCUGAUGUCCUUGUGAAGAGCUUCAAUAUGGCAGAUUUCACUGGCAAGUGGUUCAUCACUAGUGGCUUAAAUCCUACCUUCGACGCAUUUGACUGCCAAUUACAUGAAUUUCACACAGAAUCCAAUAAACUUGUGGGUAAUUUGUCAUGGAGAAUACAAACUCCAGAUGAAGGAUUUCUUACAAGGACAGCUGAGCAGAGAUUUGUGCAAGAUCCUUCUUAUCCGGGAAUCCUCUACAAUCAUGAUAAUGAGUAUCUUCACUAUGAAGAUGACUGGUAUAUUUUGUCAUCCCAGAUUGAGAAUAAACCAGAUGACUACGUAUUUGUAUACUACCGAGGCCGAAACGAUGCAUGGGAGGGGUACGGUGGUGCUGUUGUGUACACAAGAAGUUCAGUUUUGCCUGAAUCUAUCAUUCCUGAACUUGAUAGAGCGGCUAAGAGUGUGGGAAGAGACUUCAGCCAGUUCAUCAGAACAGAUAACAGCUGCGGGCCAGAGCCUUCAUUGGUGGAGAGGCUGGAGAAAAAGGUGGAGGAAGGAGAGCAAACCAUUGUGAGGGAAGUUGAAGAGUUAGAAGAAGAGGUAGAGAAAGUGGGGAGGACAGAGAUGACCUUGUUUCAGAGGUUGGCAGAAGGGUUCAAAGUGUUUCAAGAGGAUGAGGAAAAUUUCUUAAGAGAGUUAUCAAAAGAAGAAACAGAAAUACUUAGCGGGCUCAAAAUGGAAGCUGCUGAAGUAGAAAAACUCUUUGGACGUGCCUUGCCUAUCAGGAAACUAAGAUAAGUGUCUGCAAAGGAACUCCAAGAUAACAUGGCAUCAUAGUUUUGUUUUGUUUGAGAGGAGCAUUUGUGACAUACUUUUUUAAUGCUCUUUUUAUUUUAUAUUGAAAUUUUAUGUUGAUCUCGCUGAAAAUUACAAACUGUCAUUCUUUACUCUGUAUUUUGUCACUCAUUAUACCAUUACUUUGCUUUA